GGGAGGGUGGUCUCAAUCUCUGCUAAGACGCUACUUUAGUCCCCCAACAUAAGCACAUUCACAGAUGUCUCUGCACGUGUAGAGCCGUGUCACCCGUUACGACAGAGCAGCCCGCUUCUGUGUGAACCAACGAGCCGCGGACAGACAGAAACAGUGAGGUGCAGAGAGAUACAAAGAGAGGUAGAGUGGCUAAGUGAGGGAGGCAGAGCAAGAGAAAGAAGAGGCGAAGAGCCACGGAGCAAAAACAAAUACAUCGCUGCCACUCUGACGUCUCCCCCUCAUGCGCCUAUUUCGGCUUGUGUGAGCGCAAGAAGAAGAGAGAGAGGGGAAGGGAGGAAAAUAAAUCCUGGGAGCUUGUGUCAUCUCUUUGCUUUAUAUUCCCUCCUUUUUUUCAUCUCCAUCUUUCAAGGCAUGAAGGCGGGUGUCAGCUGGCACGGCAGAAUAAAAGAAAGGGAUGCUUUGACUGCUGCCUCUCUUUCGACAAGGGACAAGGAGGAGGAAGGGGGGGACAGCUCACAGCAGGGACAAAAACAGGAUUUCUAGAAUGAAUGGGAGUCCUUCUGCCGCAUGCGCUGGGAAUAGCAGUCUCACACUGAAGUCUCUGAAUGAGAGGCCAGCCCUGAGGACGUGAAACUGUUGAGAGAGUUUGGAUAGCACCGGUGACACAGCUUUCCACUGCGUUUCACCACCUGCAACUGCAGACAUCUCUGCUCUCCAGACAGCACCAAAGGCAGGCUUGAGACAAAGAGUUGUGGCAGUAUCCUACGACACAAGGAGGAGAGGAAUACACUGGAGGAGGGGCCUGUGCUUGCUGCAGACGGGCAGAGGACUGCUUGUCUGGUCUCAGUGUUGCCUGUCUGCGUGACACGGCAGAGGAAGAGGAAAUGGUUGGCUGAAGUGUCAUGGAGAACGUCACCACUACGUAGCUCGUCCAGUAUGCAGUGUGGCCCUCCCAGCUGCGCACCACUGGUGGUGCCAUGAUCCAGUUAUAACUGUGGGUAAUGCCGAGCCAAAUAACCAAUCCUGGAGAUGCCGAAGAGAAGAGAUAUUCUUGCCAUCGUGUUGAUCGUGUUACCCUGGACUCUGCUCAUCACUGUUUGGCACCAAAGUGCUAUAGCUCCACUCCUCGCCAUCCGCAAGGCCUGUCACCACCUAGUAAAAGAGAUCUUUAUCAUUCCAGAGAGGCUUGCAGUUCGCCACCACCGGCUCUCAGAUGAUGGUGUCGAGGGCAAGAGGGAGGCUGGUGGCCAGGCGCAAGACUCCAAGGAAUACUGUGCCUCAGAUAAGGACAUUGUGGAGGUGGUGAGGACAGAGUAUGUGUAUACGCGGCCUCCACCCUGGUCCGAUGUGCUGCCUACCAUCCACAUCAUCACCCCCACAUACAGUCGACCGGUGCAGAAGGCGGAGCUCACACGGCUGGCAAACACCUUUCUCCAUGUUCCCAACCUGCACUGGAUCCUGGUGGAGGACUCCCAAAGGAGAACGCCUCUUGUUACGCGGCUCCUCCGAGAAACAGGGCUUAACUUCACCCAUCUCAAUGUUGAGACGCCCAGGAACUAUAAACUGCGGGGUGAGGCUCGGGACCCCAGAAUCCCCAGGGGUACCAUGCAGAGGAAUCUAGCCCUGCGGUGGCUGAGGGAGACCUUCAAUGCCAACAGCAGCCAAGCUGGAAUUGUCUACUUUGCAGACGACGACAACACAUACAGCCUGGAGCUGUUUGAGGAGAUGAGAUCAACUCGGAAAGUUUCAGUGUGGCCUGUGGCCUUUGUGGGCGGCUUGCGAUACGAGUCCCCCAAGGUAAAUGCAGCUGGAAAGGUCUAUGGCUGGAAGACAGUGUUCGACCCCCAUCGUCCCUUUGCCAUCGACAUGGCUGGCUUUGCCAUCAACCUAAGGCUCAUUCUCUUCAAGCCGCAAGCAUACUUUAAGCUUCGCGGGGUGAAAGGAGGCUACCAGGAGAGUAGUUUGCUCCGGGAACUUGUCACACUCAACGACCUGGAGCCUAAAGCAGCCAAUUGCACUAAGAUACUCGUUUGGCACACGAGAACGGAGAAACCUGUCCUUGUAAACGAGGGGAAAAAAGGAUUCACAGACCCCAAUGUGGAGAUUUGACCGUGUCCCCUCAGAUCACGGUGUUUGGCCUUGGACCUGUGGAGGAAGGAAACGGCUGAGUCUCUUGAUAAGUGCAACCGGCGCUCAUUUCUUAAUCAUCAGGAAAAAAAGGAAAUAGGGGCCUUUUGAAGGGGGAUUUAAUCCUCUUGACUGAAUCUGACAUUUUUGAAAUAUGGACUGAAACAGUACAAAUGUACCAUAUUAAAGCACAGAUUAGUAAGAGAGCAGCCGUUAUUUGUCAUGUUCUACGACUGAAGUGCAGAGGAGCCGAAAUAAAGGACGCCUCGCAGGGUCGGCGUGGAUAGACGUGAUCUGCACCUUCACGGUACAACGGCCCGCUGAGGACAACUUAACAAAAGAGACAGCACAAUUAUGACAAGCAUACAGGCAGCAGAGUCAACUAAACAAGCAGGUUAAAGGAUAUCCUUCACCUCGAAAAAAUUGAGGAAAUAUAACACACAUUGUCUGGAUCUGCACAUGGUUCGAAAGAGAAAUUCCUCUUGGAUUUAAGGACACGGACUACAUCAUCAGCCUGGAUAAAAACACAACUCCAAGGACAAAUAUGUCUGUGUGGACUUUCCUUUAGAGCAAAUGUACUGUAGAAAGGGAAGGAAUGCUCUUUUGAUAACGAUAGGUUUGUUUUAAUUUAAUUUAAUCGGUUUUCUCACGAGCACGUGACUUGCUAGUUCAAUACUACUGACUCUUACCUACAUUUACUCUUGGGUUGUCAUUGUUCGUUUUAUGGUGUCAUUAUAACUCAUACAUUUUAGCCACCCUUGUACACUGCUGGUUGAAAUGUACCCCUUGUUGUGCUUGGGAGCUGAAAGGUACACGUAAACAUGAAAAACACUUUUUAGCACUUAAGAAACACACAAAUGAUAAUACACAAAUGAUGUUCCUUUGUGGCAAGAUGUGUAAAUAGUAAUUCAACAUGAGAACAAUCAGAGGAUUGUUGACAAAUUUGGACAAAAGCAUUGUAAUUACUGUAUUUAUAUGUAAAAAAAAAAAAAAAACCCAACAACAACAAAGUCUCUUCUCUUUUCCCCCUGGUGAAUUCCUCAUGACACACAACAAGGCACAGGUUCACUCUAGGUUCAACACAUGGAAAGAGUAAUAGCACAUCAUCAAUUUCAUUU